AAAAUCACUUAAGAAACUGCGAAAGAAGAACCGGGAAGAAAGACCGCGAAUUAUUGCCAUUGCGGCGGCCGGCGAAGCAAACCAGUCAGCGGAGGGACAAAGUCAAGCGCUGAAGGCGACAUCUCGCCGCCGUAAGCAUGGAAUUUUUUGGAAGCGGAUAAUGAUGAUCAGAUUUCCAAGUCGAGAAUCGCCUGAAUUUUGGUUCUACAAAUGAAGAACAGAGACGACUCUGACCCUCACUUCCAGGAUCAGAGAUCGCAGAGCUCCAACUCCCGUGCCGAACGGCGUUCCGGUGCCCUACGCAAGCCGAAUCAUGAAUCUGUACUUUCAUACAAGUACGUAAAAGCGGCUGUUUCUAGAUUUUUUAAAUCCAUUUUCAUCGGUCGGAAGAAGAAUUCUUCGGAUCGAUCUGUAAUCAGCACCAGAGAAGCUAAUAAUUCUCGCAGAGAAGUCUCCUCUUUUUCGACGGGAAGCUACGGGAGGAACUCGUCGGCUUUGAAGUCGUAUGAUUCGUAUGGUUCAUACGGUUCCUCGUCUAGCUAUCCCAGCGAAUUUUUCGCAUCUCCGGAAUUCUCGAUUAAGGAUCUUUAUAAGGCGACGGACAAUUUCUCUGCCGCUAAUGUCGUUGGGACUGGAUCGUUUGGAACGGUGUACAAAGGGAAGCUCAAAGACGGUUCUCUUGUGGCCGUAAAGCGAGCCAAAAGGAAUGCAAACGAGAGGUGUUUGCUGAAAGCGUUCUGGAAUGAGAUACAAGCUCUGUCAAGGAUCGAACAUUUGAAUCUGGUACGUUUGUAUGGCUAUCUGGAGCAAGGAGAUGAGAGGAUCAUUAUUGUUGAAUACGUUGGCAAUGGAAAUCUUCGAGAACAUCUCGAUGGCAAGCGAGGAGACGGCCUUGAGAUUGGAGAGCGUCUGGACAUUGCCAUUGAUGUAGCUCAUGCUAUCACCUACCUUCACAUGUACAAUGAUGCGCCAAUAAUCCAUCGAGACAUAAAGGCUACAAACAUCCUAAUCACAGAGAAACUCCGGGCAAAAGUGGCAGAUUUUGGGUUUGCACGCCUGGUUGCGGAAGAUUCUAACGUUACACAUAUAUCAACCCAAGUUAAAGGAACGGCUGGAUACUUGGAUCCUGAAUACCUAAGGACUUAUCAGCUCACUGAGAAGAGUGAUGUAUACUCCUUCGGGGUGUUGCUGGUAGAGCUCAUAACAGGAAGACACCCAAUUGAAACAAAGAGGGAUAUCAAAGAAAGAGUAACUAUAAGAUGGGCAAUGCAGAAGCUGAAAGAUGGAGAAGCUGUGAUCGCCAUGGAUCCUAGACUGAAAAGGACUUCUGCAUCUACAGUAACCAUGGAGAAGACGCUCAAAUUGGCUCGCCGAUGCCUCGAUCCCUUGAGACCGUCUCGACCGUCCAUGAAAACUUGUUGUGAGGAGUUAUGGGGAAUUCGAAAGGAAUAUAGAGAUAGAUUAUUAUCUUCUUCUUGCUCGGAGUCUAUUCGUUCAGCAGAAUUUCCAGGUCAAAAUGCAAAAAACAACCAAUAUGUUUCUUUUGAUGAUAAGGAGGAUGAAGAUUUGUACAGCAAAUUCCAUUCUGUAUAAGUCACCAACUUAUGCCAUUUCCAGAUAAGAGUGAAGCUUUUCAUACCUCUUUUCCAUAGCUUUUAAGUAACAAGUCCUGGAAGUCUCUGUUUUUAUUGUAUAUUUUAUAUUUUCAAAAGAUUCCCCAAACAGCAUUUAUUCAAUUACAUUGCUGCAUUUUUCCUUA